AUGACCAGACUAGUCGCCUUUAUACCGCUGGUCUUGUCCAUCGUCGGGCUGGUUCUAUCGUCGCUAUGUCUGUUUGCCGGUAACCGAAAGGGCUUCAUGGAGGAAUAUGCCAUUGCGAGGGUCAACAUAACCGGGUUGGGACACGAUCUGAUCGACACCAGUCAAGACAGCGGCGGUGACGGUGACGGUGGCAUCCUGAGCGGCUUCGUCGACGGCGCGGGCGACGCCAUCAACGAUCUCAUCGGCAAGGCGUCCGAUGACGUCGUCGAAGCACUGGGGAUCAGCGACUGGUACUCCCUGCACAUCAUGGAUGCAUGCGAGGGGUACUUCAAGCCCAAUGCCACGGUCGACAGUCCUUCCCUCAACAUUACCAGCUGCACCAACUCUGCACCCGACAACCGCCUCAAUCUCACAGCCUUGAUUGAGCGCAAACUCGACUCCGCCCCCGUGGACGUCAACCUGAGCGACCUGGGCUGGUCCUCGAGCGUGCAGGAGCAGCUCGACAAGGUCAACGACGCGCUCUUCGCCCUGUUCGUCAUGUACGCCAUGGUCAUGGGGUUCAGCGGCCUGUCCAUGCUGGCCGGCGCCCUGGGUGUCGCGGUCCCCAGCACCCACGGCAACAGGCUCGUGGUGGUGGCGAACCUGGGCCUCGCAUCGCUCGACACCCUCGUCAUCAUGAUUGCCAGCAUCAUCGUAACCGUUGCCGUGACGAAGGGCGUCGACGAGAUAAACGACAAGGCGGGCGACAUAGGCAUCUCCGUCGCCGCGGGGACAAAGUUUCUCAUACUCACGUGGGUUACCGCCGUCCUGACGCUGGCCGUCACCCUGUUCUGGGCAGCGCGGCUGGUCGUCAACAAGCGGAGGGCUGCCGCCGCCGCUGCGGAGGAGUCCAAGAUGUCGUAUUAG